AUGGCAAACACGGAUUCAACAAUUUGGCCUAACGAACAACAACCUCAACAAUCAGUACCGUACCCUGAAGCAGUGCCAAACAGCGCUUGGCAUUCUUCGGGAUCUAUUGGGCCAUUUUUCGCUGUCAUCUCUGUGUUAACCAUUCUCGCGAUUCUUUCGUGUUUAGUGGGAAGGUAUUGUAGGAAUCAGGAGCGUGCAACGCCGUUGCAUAGCAUUAAACAGAGAGAUUGUAGCUUUGGGGGGCUGAGGGGCAAAUUAUGCUGGGGCAGUACGAAUUAUGGUGAAAGUACUAAUAAUGAGGGUAAGGGGCAAGAUGUUGUUUGA